CCCGCUAGGUCACACCAGAAGAAACUUGAGCAUUAGCCGCUGAAAUGCACACAGGCCGAAUACCGAAUGGUUCAUGACUUUGUGUGUAGGUGCACUAUGUAGUGUGUGAAGUAAUAGCGCUGUGUGGCGCGCUAAACGUGAACCAGAGAGCAAUUUGGGAUACGGCCUUGAGCUUAAAGCGAAGCUGCUUGCUAGCUAGCUUUGGAUACACAGCGGUUAAACCGAUUAACACUAAAAUACGUAAUUAAACGGUCACACGAAUUACAUUCACAGUUUAGCAAUGAAGACAUUUUCUGUUAAACUUAAAGAUCCACUGCUAGUCUAACAGUGUUAAAUAUUGGAGCAAAAAAAAAAAAAAGCAGCUGAGCCCUAAAAUGAAAAAGUAACUUGGAGCUCUAGUGGUCAUCUCUGAGUGGAGGGAUUAUGUCCGGAGACCUGGUCGGGGUUUGGGACGUGGCCCUGAGUGAUGGGGUUCACAAGAUUGAAUUUGAACACGGCACAACCACGGGGAAACGAGUCAUCCAUGUGGAUGGCAAGGAAGUCCUGAGGAGAGACUGGAUGUUCAAGCUGGUCGGCAAGGAGACGUUUUAUGUAGGAAGCACAGAAGCAAAGGCCACCAUUAAUAUUGAUGCUGUAAGUGGGUUUGCCUACGAAUACACACUGGAGAUCAAUGGCAAGAGCCUGAAGAAAUACAUGGAGAACCGAUCUAAGGUGACAAGCACUUGGCUGCUCAACCUGGACGGUGUAGACUGUAGAGUCGUCCUGGAAAAAGACACCAUGGACAUUUGGUGCAAUGGGCAGAAAAUGGAGACAGCCGGGGAAUUUGUGGAAGAUGGCACAGAGACGCACUUCACUCUGGGAGACCAUGACUGCUGCAUUAAGGCCGUGAGCAGCGGCAGGAGGAGAGACGGCAUCAUCCACACGCUCCUGGUGGACGGCAACGAAAUGGCCGAGGUCACCGAAUGAUCGUCUGAAAAUCCUGUGUCGUAGGAAGUUGCGGUUUUGACCCUCGUGUUCUUCACUACAGUGCUCCUCAUACUGACUCAGGCCAUCUCUUUAGAAUGUAAAGCAAUACAGAUGUGACAUUUAGUAUAAAUCUGUAGUACAUUCCCAGUAAUCAUGGCACUAAGAAUUAAAAAAAAAAAACGGUGUCCAUAGGUGCACUCUUCUGGGAAUAAGGCACCCACUAAAAUCUGAUUUUAAGUGACCUCAUGUACUCUACAGUAUAUAUGUGGACACCUGACUGUCACACCUAAAUGUAUUCCUACCUCCAAACUGUUGCCACAAAGCUGGAAGCAGAAAAUUGUAUACAAUGCCAUUGUAUGCUGUAGCAUUAAAUUUCCUUUCACUGGAACUAAGAAGCUUAAACCAGUUCCAGCAUGACAGUGUCCCUGUGCACACAGCAAGUGUGUUAAAGUUAGAAUGGAAGAACUCAGGUGUCCUGCACAGGACUCUGACUCAGCCCCAUUGAACACUAUUUUGGAAUAAACUGGAACACUGACUGCACCUCACAUCAGUGGCUGAUCUAAUUAAGGAUCUUUUGGCUAAAUGAACACAAAUCCCAACAACCACGCUCCAACAUCUAGUGGAAAUCCUUCCCAGAAGAGUGAAGCUUAUUAUAAUAGCUAAAUCUGGGGACUAUACAGUAUUCAGAAUGGUACAUAUGGUGCGAUGUUCAGGUGUCCACAAACAUUUGAGUGCAGGUAUGUGUUAUUAAGGCACCUGUUUAAAGCCAUGGCUUAAGGUGCCAAUCAUGGCUCCAGCUUGAAACGUAAGCAUAUCAGACCCAGUAGACCUGCUGUUAACGAUUAGCCGAAAUGGUAUUUCCUAGCUCAUGUGAUUUUUAUGGGGUUCGUCAUGAUUCCUAAAAUAACACAUUGUAUUAUGUGCACACAUUCACCAGCAGUGAAGCAAAGAAUGAGAAACUUCACACAGAUGAGAAUGCAUUGUUGAAAUUAGACAAUCCAGACAUUCAGUUUUAACAGUGGAGAGUUCAGGACAAUAAAAUGGAGCUGCUACACUUCUGGAUAGACUUACCUUUAUGUGUGGUGGCAUCACUGCUUGCAUCCUUAAAGACCAACAUGAACCACAUAUGAACUACAGGUGUUUAGAACAUUGCUUUAAGUACUUUUAAAGGUCCCAGCCACCAUCUCCUGGCGGUAACAUUCCUGUGGAAGUGCACUUGGAAGUCAGUGUCACUGUAGAUAGGAGGGCUAGAGUAUUUACAGACUUUCCAAAUUCAGUGUUUGGCAAUUCUCUGUGUUAAAACUUGCUUUGAGCGGUUCUUUAUGAAAGGUUUAGGGAUUGUUAUGUAUUCAUUUGGCAGAAUGUAAAAUUGUAAAGUGCCUACAUGUCUCCAAAACAUCUCUGAUAAAUCCUAUAAAAGGGUUAUUAGGAAUAUUAAAAAAAAUGGAAAUGAUUUUUUCUUUCCAAAUCAGGAAGACUGCAAGACUUCAACAUCAGCCCUUUGCCAUAGUGUUCUUAUAUUUAAAACUAUGUGCAGUAAUGUGAUUCUAAAUGUGGCUCAACAAAAUUAGUACUUGUGUGUUUGUGUUACAAAUUAAAUCUCUCUAUAUA